AUCGCGGUGGCAUUUUCGUGGUUUUCUAAUACCCAAAGGUUAUUUAUCGAGGGUUUUGAAGGUAUAGAUAUUAGCGCAUAUUGGAUUCUAGGGUUUCAUCCCGGAAGAAGAAUCAGGAGCAUCAGCAGCUGCAGGCAACAUGGUUCUCAAGACCGAGCUUUGCCGGUUCAGUGGGGCGAAGAUCUACCCUGGAAGAGGCAUAAGAUUUAUUCGAAGCGAUUCUCAGGUCUUCCUGUUUGUCAACUCGAAAUGCAAAAGGUAUUUCCACAACAGGUUGAAGCCGUCGAAGCUCACCUGGACUGCCAUGUUUAGGAAGCAACACAAGAAGGACAUUGCCCAAGAGGCUGCGAGGAAGAAGCGUCGCUCUACCAAAAAGCCUUACUCCAGGUCAAUUGUUGGUGCUACAUUGGAAGUUAUUCAGAAAAGGAGAACUGAAAAGCCUGAGGUUCGAGAUGCUGCUAGAGAAGCCGCUCUUCGGGAAAUUAAAGAGAGAGUCAAGAAAACAAAGGAUGAGAAGAGGGCAAAGAAGGCAGAAGUUCAGACAAAGGCACAAAAGUCACAAGGCAAAGGCGGCAAGGUUGCUGCACCCAAGGGUCCUAAGCUUGGUGGUGGAGGCGGGAAGCGCUGAGUUCCUAGUUUUGUGGCAGCACUUAAACAGAGCUGUCUUGAAAGUUUUGUACUGAUAUUAUUUCUGCUUGAUCAAUCUUUUAUUUUACCCUUUAUUUUAUUUGGAGCUUAGAGUACUAGUUAUUCAUGGAUUUUGCCUGCGGAGCCAAUUUAAAGUUUAUACAAGCUCGCUUAUAUGCUUCUUGCCAUUGUA